AUGGCAGACACUCCACAUACACUUGUGGAUGGUAGCACUACACCAGCAGACACUACUUCAGGCACAGCACAUGGAUCUCACCAUCACCAUCACCACCACCAUCCGCAUCUUGGCCACCAUACGGGAAAGAGACUGAGGCAAUUUCUGAGACCAGAUGGAAGAAAGGUACAUAUUGCGAGUUCGCCCGAUGAGGCCAACGUGAUGAGGCGGAAGUUGAGCACUGGAAACGAGAAGGAUGACUUCGAUUUAGUCAUCCACGGAUCUCCUGAACAUAUUGAAGCACUUCGCCAUACCCACGCCCACCACUCAGACCGGCACAAGCAACUCCAAGAAGAACACGGCGAAGUAGCCCAAGAAUUCGAGCGCGUCAUCCGCGACCUCGACGCCCUAUCCACCGAACUCCACAUGACCAGCGAGCACGCCGUGCAACUCGACGCCAACUUCUCCAAAUACGGCUACUCAGCCCACCUCCGCACAAAGGAAGACUCAGAAGACUCCCUCAACUCCUCCAGCACCAACUCCCUCUUCGACAAAGACACCUGGCACGCAGAACGCAAACUCGGCGAAACAAUGCGCUUCUACCAACGCCCCAUUGUACGGCAGUACUUCCACAAAGGCCUCCUGUGGCGCGCCAAAGAAGCCCAAGAAGUAGCCUCGUACGAACUCUUCAUCGACCUCUUCUACGUCGGCAUCAUCGCCAUCACAGGCGACUCGGCCGCCGAGCACCCGACUGGAGAAUCGCUGCUCCGCUUCGCCAUCACCUUCCUCAUGGCCUGGAAAAUCUGGUCAGACAUCGGCAUGCUGAUCAGCUGGUUCGACUCGGACGACGUGCUGCGCCGCUGCGCCGUGCUCUUCAUACUAACCUGCUUGCUGGGCUUCACGACCAACAUGGCGGCCGCCUUCGAACAUACAUAUACGCCGCUUGUGGCGUUUUACCUUGCUGCGCGCCUUUUCAUCACGCUGAGCCUGUGCUGGUACGCCUGGCUUAUUCCCAUGAUACGGGGAAGCAUGAUCGGAUACAGCGUCAUCUCUCUAAUCCCUUUUGCGCUCUGGGUAAGCAGCGUGCACGUUGAAGAGCCGGCGAAACAAGGUCUUGUCUGGGUGGCUAUCGUCUUUGAUCUCUUCGGCCAAUUCAUCAUGUUGCUCGUCCAGCGGCCUGGUAGUCCCCUGGGAAAACAUCUCCCACCGCGUAUCAAAGCUAGCUUGGACUUUUUUCCAGGAACGAAUAUCGAGCAUAGAAUCGAGCGGACAAACGCCUUCGUUACGCUGGUCUUUGGAUCCUGCGUGCUGGGGUUACUGUACCAAAGCAACGUCGAAAUGGGGAUUAAUGCCUUCUUCGGCAAAGCAGUCCUGGGCUUGAUACAGGCGUUUACGUUUAAUUGGAUUUACUUUGAGAUUGACUCGUUUAAUCUGCAUACUCAUGCUAUUCGACGGCAUGUUUUUUCUGCAAUGUCCUGGCUAACCCUCCACCCCCCCUUCACCCUCUCCUUCGUCCUCUCCGCCUCCAGCCUCGCCAUCCUCGUCCGUGCCCACGACACCCCCUCCGCCCCGCUCUCUUCCUUGUACGAAACUUUUAUUCCCCGCUCCGAAGCCCAUAUCCACGACGGCUUGCAGUGGUUCUACUGCGGUGGCCUGGCCAUUUCGCUCUUGUGUCUCGCGGCGAUUGCGAAGACGCAUUCGCAUCGCAAGAUUCCGAAUCAACGACUUAGCAAAGAUGUGAGGCUUGUGUACCGCGGUGUUGUUGCGGUGGUGAUACUGACACUGCCGACUGCGCAUCUGGAUAGUUUGAGGCUUGUGGGUACGACGACGGGACUCAUAGUUAGUGUGCUAGGGGUUGAGCUGGUGGGUGUGGGGUGUUGGGGGGAGAAUGUGGUUUGGGAGCGGGGGUGUAAGAGGGAUCGGGCGACGUAUAGUGCGAAGUGUGGGGUUAGUAGGGGGGAGUUGGAGAAGAGUGUGAGGGAGGGGAAGGUGGUGAGGGUUGAGGAGAUUGCGGCGAGGGAGGGAGGUGAGAAGGGGGCUGUUGGUGUGGUUUGA